GCAGUAACUCUCAACACCAAGUAUGGCUGACUCGGUAAUCCUUGUUACAGGUGGAACAGGCCUGGUUGGCAGUGCUAUCAAGCACAUCAUUGACACCGAGCCGGCGGGCUCCCGGUUCGGGAAACGGGCAGGCGAGCGAUGGGUGUUCGUCAGUUCGCAGGAGGGCGAUCUGAGUGAUCCGGCGCAGACCAAGAAACUGUUCGAGAAGUACAAGCCUACGCAUGUCAUUCACCUAGCCGCGCUCGUCGGCGGGCUGUUCAAGAAUAUGAAGUACAAGCUGACUUUCCUGCGCGACAACAUGCUCAUCAACGACAACGUCCUGCACUCCGCGCACCUGACGCAGACAAAGAAAGUCAUCUCGUGCCUUUCGACCUGCGUUUUCCCUGACAAGGUCACAUACCCACUCGACGAGACGAAGAUCCACCUCGGUCUGCCGCAUGAGAGUAACUUCGGUUACGCGCACGCGAAGCGGAUGGUAGAUGUACAGAACCAUGCGUACAAGGACCAAUUCGGCUCCAACUUCACGUCAGCCAUCCCGACGAAUGUGUUCGGUCCUAAUGACAACUUCGAGCUGGAGGGCUCGCACGUCAUUCCUGGCCUGAUUCACAAAUGCUAUCUCGCGAAAAAGAAUAGCACGCCUUUCGUUGUAUCCGGUACAGGCAAGCCGCUGCGCCAGUUCAUCUACUCAUACGACCUCGCCAAGCUCUUCAUCUGGCAGCUGCGAGAGUACGACGAUGUCGAGCCUGUCAUUCUGUCUGUCGGCGAAGAUGAGGAAGUUAGCAUCAAAGAGGUUGCCGACGCGAUCGUGCAGGCGAUGGACUUCCACGGCGAGUACACGUUCGACACGACACGCGCGGACGGGCAGUUCCGCAAGCCCGCGAGCAACAAGAAGCUGCUGUCGCUCAUGGGCGGUUUCGAGUUCACGCCAUUCGACAAGGCGCUUAAGGACACGGUCAAGUGGUUUGUCGAGAACUACAACACAGCACGGACGGGCGUGAAGGCAUGAGAUCAUUUCGAAGAAGGGAGAAGUUCAUGAUCAGGCGGAUUGCGUCGGACAAUCCAGAACAUGUUUGCUUAAGCACAGACGAGACGAUAUCCAUUGAUAUACAACAUACAAUACCUAC